UACGGCGGCCGCGGGGAGCCAGGUGUAGCGCGGCGCCCGGCAGAGAGCGGCCGGACAGGCCCGGCGCGGCGGCGAGUGCCAGGACCGCAGCCCGGCGCCAUGGAGAGGAGCGGGGCCCCGGAGGACGUGGACGCCGGCCCGGACCCGAAGCCGCCCGCCCCCCGGCCCGCGCACCGCUACACCAAGGAGGAACUCUUGGAUAUAAAAGAACGUCCUCACUCCAAACAGAGGCCUUCGUGUCUCUCUGAAAAAUAUGACAGUGACGGUGUCUGGGACCCUGAGAAGUGGCAUGCCUCCCUCUACCCUGCUUCUGGGCGGAACUCUCCAGUGGAGAGUCUGAAGAAGGAGGCGGACACGGACCGGCCUUCCCUGGUGCGCAAGAUCGUAGACCCACGAGAGCGUGUAAAGGAAGACGACCUAGACGUUGUUCUCAGCCCCCAGCGACGAAGCUUUGGGGGGGGCUGCCACGUGCCGGCCGCCGCCAGCUCCCGCCGCUCAGGAAGCCCCCUGGAGAAGGACGGCGAUGGGCUCCGCCUGCUUGGGGGCAGGAGGAUAGGCAGCGGCAGGAUCAUCUCUGCGCGGGCCUUUGAGAAGGACCACCGGCUCAGUGACAAGGACCUGCGGGACCUGCGGGACUACAAGGACAAGCGGUUCCGGAGGGAGUUCGGGGACAGUAAGCGCGUCUUCGGUGAGCGGAGAAGAAAUGACUCCUACACGGAAGAAGAGCCGGAAUGGUUCUCAGCCGGGCCCACAAGUCAGUCCGAAACCAUCGAGCUGACGGGCUUCGAUGACAAGAUACUGGAGGAGGACCACAAGGGGAGAAAGCGAGCCAGGCGGCGGACAGCCUCCGCGAAGGAAGGGCUCGUAGAGUGCAACGGAGGCGUGGCCGAAGAGGAGGAAGUGGGGGUCAUCCUCGCACAGGAGCCCGCUGCUGACCAGGAAGUGCCGAGGGAGGCCAUCUUGCCCGAGCAGUCCCCGGGAGACUUUGACUUCAAUGAGUUCUUUAACCUUGACAAGGUGCCCUGCUUGGCUUCGAUGAUAGAAGAUGUUCUGGGAGAGGGGUCUGUAUCCGCCAGUCGGUUUAGUCGCUGGUUCUCUAACCCCAGCCGGUCAGGAAGCCGUUCCAGCAGUCUCGGGUCCACUCCGCAUGAAGAGCUCGAGAGACUUGCAGGCCUGGAGCAAGCCGUCCUCUCUCCCGGACACAACUCGGGAAAUUACUUCGCUCCUAUACCGCUGGAAGACCAUGCUGAAAACAGAGUGGAUAUUUUAGAGAUGCUGCAGAAAGCCAAAGUGGAUCUGAAGCCUCUUCUUUCCAGCCUUUCUGCAAACAAAGAAAAGCUGAAAGAGAGCUCACACUCAGGGGUGGUGCUCUCUGUGGAGGAGGUAGAAGCAGGGCUCAAGGGCUUGAAGUUGGAGCAGCAGGCGAAGAAUCCCACUCCUUUCAUGGCAGAACACUUAGAGGAGACGCUGAAUGCUGUGACCAGCAGUCACCAGCUCAAGAAAGACGGCGACAUGACCGCGUUCAACAAGCUUGUGAGCAGCAUGAAGGCCAGCGGGACACUGCCUUCUCAGCCCAGAGUCAGUCGAAACCCUGAAAGCCAUUUGCUGUCCCCUGCUGAGGUCUCAGGCCAGCCUGUCUCUAAGAACAUCCUGCAGGAACUUAUGGGUCCACCAGUUCAGAGACCUACGUCUUCCAAUCUUCUGAGUGGCCUUAUGGGGAGCUUGGAGCCUGCGUCUUUGCUGGGCCAGAGAGCGCCGUCCCCGCCCCUGUCACAGGUGUUUCCGACGCGAGCAGCCUCAGCAGACUAUCUCCGUCCCCGAAUACCAUCACCCAUUGGCUUCACAUCAGGACCGCAGCAGCUUCUCGGAGACCCGUUCCAAGGCCUGCGCAAGCCUGUGAGCCCUGUCACAGCCCAGCAGAUGAGCCAGCUGGAACUGCAGCGGGCAGCUCUAGAGGGGCUGACCCUACCUCAUGACCUUGCGUUGCCAGCGGCGAACUUCUACCAGCCCGGUCUUGCUAAGCCGCAGGCGGACAGGAGCCGAGAUGGAUUCCGACACAGGCAACGAGUGACCAAGUCACCAGCACCUGUGAACCGAGGAAACUCCUCAUCCCCGCCCCCGGUCCCCAUCACAAGCAUGCUUUCUCCUUCCUUCACCCCUACCUCAGUGAUUCGAAAGAUGUAUGAGAGCAAAGAGAAAAGCAAGGAGGAGCCAGCAUCUGGAAAAGUGGCGCCUGGUGGCGGUAAAGAGGACACUCAGAAGACCAGUGAAGAGAGCCUGCUGUCACCCGCCGCCAUCCGAGCCGCCUCUCCCGCCACAAACCCCAAGCUGUCGUUGCCGCAGCGGCCGGCGAGUUCCACGCCUCUCCCCCAGACCAGCCGCUACACCAAAGAACAAGAUUAUCGCCCUAAAGCAGCUGGGAGGAAGACGCCCACCUUGGCAUCCCCAGUUCCAGGAGCCCCUUUCCUGCGCCCCGUGCACCAGGUGCCCCUGGUACCCCACGUCCCCGUUGUCCGGCCCGCUCACCAGCUUCACCCAGGCUUGGUCCAGAGGAUGCUGGCCCAGGGAGCACAUCCGCAGCACCUCUCGAGUCUGCUCCAAGCCGGCAUGCUUCCUCCUGGGAUGGACCUGGCUCCUUUGCAAGGACUCCCCAGCCCCAUCUUGGGCCAGCCCUUCUACCCUCUGCCGACCGCGAGUCACCCUCUCCUCAACCCCCGUCCCGGCACGCCUCUGCACCUGGCCAUGGUGCAGCAGCAGCUGCAGCGCUCAGUCCUUCACCCUCCAGGUUCUGGUUCCCAGGCAGCAGCUAUCAACGUUCAGACGCCACCUCCGAGUUUGCCCAGCCGGCCGGGCCCACCCCACACACACUCGCAGCUGGAGCACCGGCCCGGCCAGAGGAGCAGCUCCCCCGUGGGCCUCGCCAAGUGGUUUGGCUCUGACGUGCUCCAGCAGCCCCUCCCCUCCAUGCCUGCCAAAGUCAUCCGCGUAGAUGAACUGGAGUACCGACAGUGAGGGCAGGGCGCCUGCGUCUGGACCUGUGCCUUCCCUCUGGAGCACGCUGCCCCGGGCGCUCUGCGCCGACAGAGCGAGCGCCUCACCCGGCCACGUGGAGGCUACGUGGUCUGAAAACAGGAUGCAUGGUGUUUCAAUCCUGGAAAGUCUUUUUUUUGUAAGAUAUGUGAAUGAAGUGUUGGUGUCUUCACCAAGAGGUGGCAGGCACCUGAGGGCUCUGAGAAAAAUGAAUGUACAGACUGUGUACAGACUGUGUACAGACCGCUUUUGUACAUACAGGGAGGAGACGGGCUUUUUGAACUUACACAGCUGUACAUAAAGUAGCCGAUAUUAGUUAGGCCGGUGUCAACAGUUUUGAUUUUUUUUUUUCCACUUGUACAUUUGGGACUUUUUCUUUUGGUUGAUUAAAGCUGCAUAUGCUAAGUGUGUGAA